UUCUACCUUCUCUUUCCGAUAGAGCCGCGCUCCGCCUUUGCCAUUCCCAGCAACAGACGGUGCACAGAAGCUCCAAGCCAUUUUCCUCUCCCAUUUAAAACCUUAUUUUCUUUUCCCUCUUUUAUUUAAGUAAAAAGAAAAAAAAAGGAGAAAAUUUAAAUCUUAUUCGGACCUCAAACUCCGACUUUUGUGGCGACUAUUUGGGUGACUCAUUUUCCCACGCCAAAGAAAGAAAAAGGAAGAAAGGAACCUCGGAUUUAAGACCGAGCCAGUCGCACCACAUGUCUGUGAAAGAUUUUGGUAGUUGCCUUUGAUUGAUUUUGUUUUUGAGAGAGUAAAGAUCUAUUGGUGACGGUGGUUGUGGGGCCCAGUCAUGACUGCUGGUGACGGUAAUCAGUUGAUCUCUGUUCAUCCCAAUGACCUCAAGUUCAUUUUUGAGCUGGAAAAGCAAAGCUUUUGUGAUCUUAAAGUGGUAAACAACACAGAACACCAUGUGGCUUUUAAGGUUAAAACAACUUCACCUAAGAAGUAUUUUGUGCGACCAAACACUGGUGUUGUACAGCCUUGGGACUCAUGUGUCAUCAGAGUCACCCUCCAAGCCCAACGGGAAUAUCCUCCAGAUAUGCAAUGCAAAGACAAAUUUCUGCUACAGAGCACUCUAGUGCCUGCACAUUCUGACGUGGAUGACCUACCAGCAGAUACUUUCAAUAAGGAAAGUGGUAAGGAGAUCGAGGAGUGCAAGCUUAAAGUUUUCUAUAUGUCUCCUUCUUCAGCUCAAGGGAAUUCAGAAGAUGAAGGAUUAAAGAGCUCCUCACAGCAAAGCCCUGAUUCAAACUCUGCUGUGCAGCAUCUGAAGGAUGAAAGAGAUGCAGCAGUUCGGCAAACACUGCAGCUGCAACAGGAACUGGAUUUUCUGAAGAGACGAAGACAACGGAGAAAUGACUCUGGCUUCUCCAUCACAUUCGCAGCCUUUGUGGCACUGAUAGGGGUGAUGGUUGGCCUUCUGUUGAAUCUUUCCUUGUCUUCACCACCACCGAUGGAAUGAAUAGAUGCCCUUUUACAAGUGUGGAAACCAGUAAUUUUGUCCACUUCAUUGUAUAAUGCCGAAUGUUUCUGUUGGAUGGAGAGUUUGACCUUCUAGCCAUAUUCUGUUGAUCAGCUGGUUUUUGUGAAUGUGUUUUCCAUUCAAUUGAUAAGUUGAUAUGUUACUCUUAUUAGUGCAACACUAAGUAAAUAGUUCUAAUAGAAGUUUACUGAGUUCAAUUUCUUGACAA